AUGACCACUUCGACCACCCUUCCCCACAUCACUGUACCACCUCACACUGCACAACAAAUUGCCACAGACAACGAGGAAGACAGCGAGGAUGACCUACGUGCACCUCAAUCAAAUCCUCAUCAUCUGCUCAAUAUGAAUAACAGUAACAAUAAUGAAGAAAAGAAGGAGAAGAGGGAGAACGAAAAGAAAAAGGAAGAAGAGCAGGCAAAGGAAAAUGAAAAAGAAAAAGAAAAAGAAAAAGAAAAAGAAAAAGAGAAGGAAAAGGAAAAGGAAAAGGAAAAGGAAAAGGACAAAGAUAAGCCCAAAGAAUUGUUUGUCAUUAAUCCUGCUGGGAAUUUGUAUUACAACUGGCUGUUCAUCAUCACACUACCAGUCAUGUACAACUGGACCAUGAUCAUAGCCAGGGCUUGCUUUGAGGAGCUGCAGCAUGACUACAUCAUUUACUGGAUUAUCUUGGACUACACCUCAGACAUAAUCUAUUUGGCUGAUAUACUCGUCAGGACCAGAACAGGUUACCUGGAGCAAGGUCUGAUGGUGAAAGAUAAGAAGCUGCUAUGGGAUUGCUACAUCAGCAGCUUCCAGUUUCGUCUCGAUGUUCUCUCCAUGCUACCCACUGACUUCCUCUAUUUCGUCUUUGGCCUUGACUACCCAGAGAUCCGCAUCAACAAGUUGCUGAGAAUUGGCCGCAUGAUGGAGUUCUUCACGAGGACAGAGACCAAAACCAACUACCCCAACAUCUUCCGUAUCGGCAACUUGAUCAUGUACAUCCUCAUUAUCAUCCACUGGAACGCCUGCUUCUACUUCUCCUUCUCCAAGUCUAUUGGUUUUGGGGCUGAUGACUGGGUUUACCCGGCUCUGGAUGAUCCUGAGGAACCUGAGUUUGGGCAGCCCAUGAGGAAGUAUGCGUUCAGCCUCUACUGGUCCACACUGACCUUGACCACCAUUGGAGAAACACCACCACCAGCCCUGGACUCAGAAUUUCUCUUCCAUGUGGUUGACUUCUUAGUUGGAGUCUUGAUCUUCGCCACAAUUGUAGGAAACAUCGCCACCAUGAUCUCCAACAUGAAUGCUGCCCAAGCCCAGUUUCAGGCCCGAAUUGACAACAUCAAGCAGUACAUGCAGGUUCGAAAAGUCAGCAAGGAACUUGAGUUGCGAGUCAUCACAUGGUUUGACUUUCUAUGGAAUAACGGCAAGGCACAGGAUGAAAGAGAGGUGCUGAGGUACCUUCCAGACAAGCUAAAGGCUGAAAUCGCCAUCCAGGUCCACAUGGACACUCUAAAAAAAGUUCGCAUUUUUGCAGACUGUGAGGCAGGCCUACUGAUCGAACUGGUGCUAAAGCUGCAGCCUCAAGUCUUCAGCCCCGGAGACUACAUCUGCAAGAAGGGCGACAUCGGCCGUGAGAUGUAUAUUAUCAAAGAUGGAAAACUUGCAGUUGUUGCUGAUGAUGGUGUCACACAGUUUGUUGUACUUGGAAGCGGCAGCUAUUUUGGUGAGAUCAGCAUCCUUAAUAUUAAAGGCAGCAAAGCAGGGAACAGGCGAACAGCAAAUAUCCGCAGCAUUGGAUACUCAGACCUCUUCUGUCUGUCCAAAGAUGACCUGAUGGAGUCACUGACAGAGUAUCCUGAUGCUAAAAGCAUGCUAGAGGAGAAAGGCCGGCAGAUCCUGAUGAAAGAUGGUCUGAUAGAGUUGGACCCAGCUAACAUCAUGCCUGAGGUACAGGAGCUGGAGGAGAAGGUCAACAAAUUGUAUAAUACAAUGGAGCUGAUGCAGACCAAGCUGAAGAAGAUUCUGGGAAAUUACAAGAAAGCUGACAAGGCUCUGAGACACCGCAUUGCAGAUCUGGAGCACCUGACAGGAGAGGAGGUAGAAGACGAGGAUGAGGAGGAAGGAGAAGUGAAAAAGGAAGAGAAAGAGGUGGACGGGGAGGAAAAGGAAGAAGAGGAGAAGGAGUCAAAGAAGGAAGAGGAAAAAACUGAGGAAGCAAAAGAUGAGGAAGGAAAGGGUGAAGAGGCAAAAGAAGAGGAGAAAAAAGAU